AUGGUUGGCGCGUCAGGCUGGCGCCAACACCCCGGCGUCAAGCCGCCUUCUCCUGUACGACCGCAGUUGCGUGUCGGGACUCGUCCCCGCUGCACAAUGAAAAUAUACAACAUUGCAGCCAUAUUCAUAUUGAUCGAAUACGGGAACGCUAAAAUACAUGGAGGACCACGCGGAAGGUUCGACAAACACACGCAAGUUAAGUCAAAUCACCACGUUAGUGCUCACCACGCCCAUUACUCAUAUCAUCCGCCUAGAGAGAUCUAUUUCAUGUGUCGACACUGCUCCAAUUUCGCAACUUUUCCCGUCUACCAUGGAUUGCCACCCACAUACGUGUAUAGAUAUCGUGAAGCUGGUGGAAGAUUCAGCGAUUUAUUGACGGGGCUGGCCCUGUAUAAUUUGGGAAGAGCUUCAACAGACCACUGGCAGUACACGCAUUAUUACAAAGUGCGUCCGGAAGAGAAGUGUUCCAUGCAAGUUAUCGAUCACAAACAUUCUGAAGAAGUGCCGGUGCCCUGUUUCCUUCUGUCCUCAUUCAUGGAGCGAUCCCCUGAAAGUCUCAUACCCGAUCCCGAUGCUUUGGACAUAACGUCGCCACAAAUCGACAUACGGCCUUUUAUAUAUCACAAUGGAACAACCUUAAAAGUUACAUGGGAACAGGAAUGCGUUCUGUGGCGCAAUGUGACUUUAAACAGGGAAAAAAAUGUCGUACCAUGCGCUCUCUUGAAAACCUACUCGGAGACAAUGAAGCCGUCUGGUAUACCGGUGUACGUGUGGUUACCCUCCACUAUAGCCAUAGUUAUAGCUAUCUACGUAGCUUGUCAAUGUUUUUUCAGAAGGAAAAUAAAGAAAGAAUCGCAGCCAUUCAAUCAGGGCGUUGUGAUUGGUUAUUGUACUAACCAACAUUAUUAA